CUGUAGUUUUCAGCGGUGAGUGCAGACACGUAGAGUGCCUGUACGGGGUGCAGUUACAGAGCACUGACAUCAUUACGCCGGCCGUCUGAUAAUUGCAGGCUGCUUUCCCUUUAAAGUAUGACGCAGCUCAACUAGUGCCCCACUUUGCUGUGUGAGCAGCAGCAGUGUGCAGGAGCGAGCGCGGCUUGUCGUAGCAUACGGCUCUGCCCGGGGACGUCGGUGCUUCGCUGGGCCCUCACCGCUCAUCAACAUGGAGUUUUUAAUGGGGAAUCCGUUCAGCACGCCGGUGGGACAGCGGAUCGAUGUUUACAGGACGCCUAGCGAUGAGAGUGUGCAACCAGCUCCAGCCUGCCAGCAGAAGACUGGGCCCUCAACAUGGAGAUCUGCGACAUGAUCAACAGCUCGGAGGAAGGACCCAAAGAUGCAGUCAGAGCCAUAAAGAAAAGGAUUGUGGGGAACAAGAACUUCAAGGAGGUUAUGCUGGCGCUCACUGUCCUGGAGACUUGUGUGAAGAACUGCGGCUACAGAUUUCACAUCCUGGUGACGACACGGGAUUUUGUAGAGGGGGUGCUGGUGCGGUCGAUCAUCCCGAGAAACAACCCUCCAUUAGUCCUGCAUGACAGAGUUCUUAGCAUCGUACAGGCGUGGGCUGAUGCAUUCCGCAGCUCACCCGACCUGACGGGUGUGGUGUCAGUGUACGAAGACCUGCGAAGGAAAGGACUUGAGUUCCCCAUGACAGAACUAGACGGUUACUCACCCGUCCAAGCCCCAAAAACGACUUUGCCUGGGAACGGGCCUGCUGUCACUACUCUGCCUGCUGUGCUCCUAUCUUCCAAACCUCCGCUCAUCCCAUCUCAGACUUCUGAGCUAAAGCUGGCCUUAGAGGGAAACAAUGCCUUCACUCCUAGCCAGGUAAAAAAGCUGAAGACAGAGCUGGGAGUGGUGCGGAGCAACCUGACUAUGAUGUCAGACAUGAUGAGUCAGCUGGAUCCUGUCACAGUAAAACAAGCAGACAUGGAGCUGCUGGAGCAGUUAUACACAGUAUGUAAAGAAAUGCAAGAGAGGAUAGUGAAGAUCGUCCCCAGACUCAGUGAGGAGAAGCUGAUUGAGGAGUUGCUGGCAACUAACGAUGAGAUGAACACCGCCUUUACUCGCUACCACAGGUUUGAAAGACGAAUAACAAAUGGUCCAAACACAGCACAGAAGAGCCACACAUACGUCAACCUAACAGACCUCGAUUUGACAGCUGAGUCUGUCAGCCAAUCAGGGGUGGCAUCAGUUACCAAUGACAGCUCACUCAGCCAGUCAAAAGCUGACAGUUUGUCCGGUCAGAUGGCGAGACUUAGUACAAGUGAAUCAGAUGACACAAUAUCACAGAAAAUAAAUGUCUCAACUCAACAAAGACCAAGCGAGCGGAAUGAAGUUGCAGUGGACGGCCUGGCUCGGGCUCAGGACAGCAGGCUACUAAACACUGGAACGGAUGGCAGCCCAGCCUCCACCUGCAGCUCCUCUCCAAAGUUAGAUUGGAUGAUUAAAAGGGGAAUGAUUCCUAUCAACCAGAACACUGUAAUGGAUGAUAUUGAGAAAUGGCUAGAGUUGGAUGAUGAGUAUGAUGACUUUGAGGAUGCGGAUGGUGUGACCAGUGAAGAGUUUGACAGGUUUUUAGCAGAGAGAGCAAAAGCAGCUGAGCGCCUGCCAUCGCUGAGAGCUUCUUCACAGGAUACCAACCACUCCGAGUCUUAAGUUACACUUUAAACCUGCUUUGAACUAACACUACUCAUGAAGCUCCUGCGCCAUCGGCUGAGAGAUGGAGAUGUCUUUUAGAUGAAUGGUUGAAUGGCACAUUUGACAUGGGAAUUACAGCCCAUAUCUGAGGAAGGUCGUCAUAGCUGUGUAUACUGCUCUUUCCGGGUGAGCAAACGCGUUUUUUAACUGAUAAAAAUAAUGUUAUUUGAUGAAUAACAGAGGUUUUUACUUGACAUUGUUAUGAGGGUUUGGCCAUGUGUGGAAUGCAAACAUUUGCACAUUUUAUAUGGUUACAUUCCUGUUGCUGAAAGAGAGCGAGAGGAUAUUGUUACAGACAACAACUUUUGCAAUAUAGAUUAUGCAUUAUAUUGCUGAUGAUGAUGUAUAUUGUCAAACAUGAUGAUGGGUUAUAGCAUACGCCCCUGUCAAAGUAGCAAACACUGUAAACCUGUAUGUAAGAGAAGCUCAGCUAUUAUGUAAUGGAAUAGUUUGAUGCUCGACAUCAUUAUUGAUGUAAGAAAACUAAAUGAGAUUUUUUACAUCCAACAUUCCCAUGUGAAGAUGUUUUACUUGAAGGAAGUCAUGACAGACUGCUGUCAUAUAUUAAACUCAAACUAUUAACUGGAA